AUGGAUAUGUAUGCUGCUAAGUUUGAGUCAUUUUCAAGGCAUUUUAGGUUUUAUCGUGAAGAGGUUGAUGAAAAAAUUAUGUGUCACUGUUUCCAAAAUGGAUUGAAGUAUGAGAUUAAAGACUCUGUCUUGCCAUUGGGAAUUCAACGUUUCCAAGUUUUAGUGGAAAAAUGUAUAGAAAUUGAAUACAUGAAGAAUAAGAGGGCCAACCGAGGAGGGAACUUUAGUUUCGGGGGUCCUAGUCAGGUGAACCAUCACAACAACAAAGGAAAACAAGUUGUUAAGCCCUAUAACCAACCACAUAACAACAACAGAGAUCAGAACCACCCGGGGAACCAGAAUUUUGGGAGACAAUUGGGACAAGUGAUUCAAUAUUUCCGAUGUGGGGAAGGGGGACAUUAUGCUAAUGCUUGUACCUCUAAGAGUCUCACUUGCUACAAUUACCAAAAGUCAGGGCACUUUGCAAGGGAUUGCAAGGCUCCGAAGGUGGAACCAAUAGUUAAUGCAAUUAGGGCUACUCAUCCUACAGCUAAAGGACGCAUUUAUUUCAUGGGUGUUGAAGCUGGAAAUCCAUCUAGCAAUUUGAUCCAACGAGAUAGCGAGAUUGCAAGUAACACUCUCGCUGCACUUUUUGAUUCGGGGGCAACCCAUUCUUUCAUUGUUAUGGAUUGUGUGAAUCGUUUGAAGUUAAUUGUGUCUUCUUUGUCUUUUGAUUUGGAUGUUUCCACACUUACUAAGACUUUGACUGUAAAUAUUGCAUGUUUACGUUGUCAAGUAACUAUCCAUAAUAGGGAUUUCUUGAUUAAUUUGAUUUUUUUACCCCUACAAUUACUCGAGGUCAUUCUCGAUAUGGAUUGGAUGUCCUAUCAUUAUGUAAUCUUAGAUUGUGCUUGCAAAUUGGUUCUUUUCUUCGAGCCAGGAGUCGUUAUGUAUCUGGCUGUUAACAAACUCGCUAAUGUGGAGGGGAAAAUAAAUGUGAGCAUAGAAGACGUGGUGCUUGCCAAGGAGUACCCUGAAGUAUUUCCAACUGAAAUUCCAGAAUUAUCACCAGUAAGAGAGGUGGAGUUCUUCAUUGAUCUACACACAGGAACCAGACCUAUUUCCAUUGCGCCGUAUCGGAUGUCGCCAUUGGAAUUGAAUGAGCUCAAGGGACAAAUUUAA